UCGAGCGUGACGGGGCAGGCAGGGUGCCGGUGCCGCCGCCGCCGCCAUGCUGCUGUCCUGUUUCCCGGAGCUGUACUUCAACGUGGACAGCGGCUACCUGGAGGGCCUGGUGCGCGGCUUCAAGGCCGGGGUGCUCAGCCAGGCCGACUACGUCAACCUGGUCCAGUGCGAGAGCCUGGAAGAUUUGAAGCUCCAUCUCCAAAGUACAGACUAUGGGAACUUCCUGGCAAACGAAGCCUCACCUCUCACUGUCUCUGUCAUUGAUGAUAAGCUCAAGGAGAAGAUGGUUGUAGAGUUCCGUCACAUGCGGAAUCAUGCUUACGAGCCUUUGGCCAGCUUCCUGGAUUUCAUCACCUACAGCUACAUGAUCGAUAACGUCAUUCUGCUGAUUACUGGGACACUCCAUCAACGCUCCAUUGCAGAACUGGUACCCAAAUGCCAUCCCUUGGGAAGCUUUGAGCAGAUGGAGGCCGUGAAUAUUGCCCAGACACCAGCUGAGCUAUACAAUGCCAUCCUGGUGGACACGCCCCUUGCUGCCUUUUUCCAGGAUUGCAUAUCUGAGCAGGACCUGGAUGAAAUGAACAUUGAAAUUAUACGAAAUACUUUGUACAAGGCUUACCUGGAGUCCUUCUACAAGUUCUGCAAGACCCUGGGCGGUACAACAGCAGAUGCCAUGUGCCCUAUUUUGGAGUUUGAAGCCGACCGGAGAGCCUUCAUCAUCACCAUCAACUCCUUUGGCACCGAGCUGUCCAAGGAGGACCGCGCCAAGCUCUUCCCCCACUGCGGCAAGCUCCAUCCGGAGGGCCUGGCUCAGCUUGCCAGGGCAGACGACUACGAGCAAGUCAGAACCGUGGCCAACUAUUACCCGGAGUAUAAGCUGCUCUUUGAAGGCGCAGGUAGCAACCCUGGUGACAAGACCCUUGAGGACCGAUUCUUCGAGCACGAGGUGAAGCUGAACAAGCUGGCUUUCCUGAACCAGUUCCAUUUUGGUGUGUUUUACGCUUUUGUGAAACUGAAGGAGCAAGAAUGUCGCAACAUUGUGUGGAUCGCAGAGUGCAUUGCCCAGCGCCACCGAGCAAAGAUCGACAACUACAUUCCCAUCUUCUAAGUAUUUCCCUUUGUCUGGCAAAGCCUGUAGAUGUUCUGGAUGGCGAUGCAGCCAACCUUCUUCAUCCCAUGCCUGGGGGAAGCUGGGGCCGGAGGGUCUCCACACACACACCCCCUUUGUUACUGCACUUACAGGACUCGUUGUGUCAGCCUGAGUAGAACGGGCUAAAUCGUUCUGUAUCUGUACAAGCUAGCUGUCUGUUUCAGAAGGCUUCUCAUCCUCUGCCAUCAUGGUGCCUCUGCAUGGGACACCUGUUGGUCAGCCUCAAGGAUCAUGUAUGGGCACACUGAGAGACCCGUUAGUUCCGUGACCACUCUUACCAUCUGCUGCCCAUCGCCACCAUCUUGUUAGAAGACAGAUGCUGUUCAAACCUAGGGCAGUGUAACUCUUCCGGGGCACCCUGGAAACAGCUGCUGAGUGUCUGGGCUUAGGAGGAGUCUUCUGCCUGAAAUGCUACUAGAAUGGCACCCCCCCCCACUCUCCUCUCCUCUCCUCUCCUCUCCUCUCCUCUCCUCUCCUCUCCUCUCCUCUCCUCUCCUCUUCUCUUCUCUUCUCUGCCUCCCUUCCUGCAUGGUCUCUCAGUUCCCCAGCAGAACAUUCAGUGCUGUGUUUGCUUGCUGGGUUCCACCCUGCCUCCUCCAGACGGUGGUCCUCACCUUGACCAGCACACCAGCUCUGCUCUUUUCGUCCCUCCUGCCAGGACGGUCAGUGGCAGCUUUUUCCAAGGGGCCCAAGGCCACCAGAAGGGUCUUCACCUGGAAUUCAGGCAUGGGAGCCACGGCCUCUCCUGGCUUUGGGGCUGAGGCAGAGAAUGGUCCAACGGUCUGUCUGGGAUGGCUCUUAGGGCCCAGCUGGGCAGGUGGUCUUCACCCCGCCCGCCUUUGGCCUCACCAGCGCCUGUCCUCCCACCAGAGGAACUGAAAAAGUUUCCCUUUGAAUUGGCCCACAGAGCUGCUGCUCCUCUACAGGAGUCCCGUGUUUCACAGGGCGCAGCACUAGGAGUCAUGCCUCUUGGUCCCCAUGGGGUGGGAGGGCUGUUUGUGACCAGCAGGUCUCCUACUCUCGAGCAGCAAAAAUGACCCAUCCAUCCCUGGGGCACCGCUCACCAGAAGAGGGGUUUGGCCUGCUCUGCCUGGCUCCCCAAGACGGUGGCCGCCGCCUCUUUGGGUGCCGUCGCCAGUUCUUCUGGGGCUUGUGCAAUGCUGCCCACUGCAGGGGGAACCCUCUUCAUGGUUUUCGUGGGUGAAGAGAGGCCAGCCCAAGUCUCUGUGUUUGCUCAGUGAUUGUGAUACUCCCCGUGUGUGACGUGCUGUGUAUCUUCCCUUAAGCCAUGGUAAUAAACGACUGAAUUACUGUUCCUA